GUAAGACGUUUAUUGACAACAUGGCCGCUGCUGAGCUGCUGGGUCUGGAUCUGGGGAAAACUGUAAUCUGACAGCAGCUCACCGGGGAGCUCCGACAACAACCUCAGGAGUGUACAUAAACAGAUGCAUUUGAAUGAAGGGACCCUUGAACCCGCGGGAUGGUGUCAGUGAGCUGAGGAAACGUCCGCAGCGUCAAACCCGUCAUGUCGUUUUUCAAGAGGAAAGCCAAAAGCAAAGAACCCGAGAAAGUGACCGAUGUUAAAGUCAAUAGAGCUCCACCCAGCCCUCACUCUCCAUCACUGAGGAACCACAAUGCCAUCCAGGAAGUUGCAGGGCCCAGCCAUGUGGCCAUCAACGCCAUCUCUGCCAACAUGGACUCGUUCGCCCGCGGUCGCACCGCCAUCCUCAAGAAACAGCCGAGCCACAUGGAGGCUGCACACUUUGGAGAUCUUGGUCACUCCAGUGUGACUCAGCCCGAUGAGGACCGCUCUCGGCUGUCCAAGACGGUGGAGCACGUCCUCCGUGACAACGUGGCGAUACCCCACUACAUGCAUUUCAUGGAAGUCCGGGGCGCCGACCACCUGGUUCGGUUCUGGCUGGAGGCCGAGAGUUUCCGCUCCACCAGCUGGUCGCGGGUCCGAGCGCACAGCCUGAACUCUGUCAAACACAGCUCCUUGGCCGAGCACCUCUCGGCCUGCCCGGCGUCCCCGUCCUCUCCGGUCUGCCCAGAGCUCCCGGCGCUGGCCCAACACAGUCCCAACGCUCUCGCCCGGGUCAGUAGCGGCGAAGGCCCGGCGGUGCACUCAGAGCGGCGGAACUCCUCGAGCACAGAAGCAGGCCUGAGACCCGGCACUCCACGAGCAGAAACCCCUAGCAGGCAGGCACACUCCAGGACAGGGACUCCCUUCAAGGUGCAGUCAAACAGCACCCUGCGAGACAUCUCUGACAAACUUAUGAAAAUUAUAGAGAAAGAUGCAGUUACCAUCUUCACCAGGUACAUCUCUCCAGACGCUGUGAGGCCCAUCCCCAUCACAGAACAGAUCAGAAACGACAUAGUCGCUAAGAUAUGUGGCGAGGAUGGCAUGGUGGAUCCAAACUGCUUUGUCAUUGCACAGUCGGUAGUCUUCACCAUCUUGGAGCAACAGCACUUUAGCGAUUUCCUGCGGAGUCAUCAUUACUGUAAAUACCAGAUCGAAGUGUUGACUAGCGGCUCUGUGUUCCUGGCUGACAUCUUGUUCUGUGAGUCGGCUCUCUUCUACUUCUCUGAGUACAUGGAAAAGGAGGAGGCGAUGAAUGUAUUGCAGUUCUGGCUGGCGGCGGACAACUUCCAGAACCAGCUCGCAGCGAAGAAGGGCCAGUAUGACGGCCAGGAGGCGCAAAAUGAUGCCAUGAUCCUCUACGACAAGUAUUUCUCACUCCAGGCCACCAACCCUCUGGGCUUCGGCGACUCCGUGCGGAUGGAGAUCGAGUCGAAUAUCUGCCGAGAGGGGGGGCCGCUCCCCGACUGUUUCACCACUCCACUCAGACAGGCCUGGACCACCAUGGAGAAGGUCUACAUGCCGGGCUUCCUGUCUAGCAACCUUUACUACAAAUACCUGAGUGACCUCAUCAACUCUGUGCGGGCAGACGAGUUUGUUAAUGUCAACGCUCCAGGUCAAGGCGGGCCCGCGGACAACGACCGCUCGAGUUCAAAUGCCGGCGAGGGCUCCCAGACUCAGCAAAGUGCCAAAAGGGCAGCGAUCAAGAUCCUGAAGAACUUUGACGAGGCGAUCACGGUGGACGUUGCCAGCCUGGACCCUGAGUCCUUGUACCAGCGGCCGUACGCUGGAAGGAUGACGUUUGGGAAGGUGAAUGAGAUGGGCCAGUUUAUCAGGGAGGCAGAGCCGGAGCCGGACGUGAAGAAAUCCAAAGGUUCCAUGUUUUCUCAAGCCAUGAAGAAAUGGGUCCAAGGCAACUCAGACGAGGCCCAGGAGGAGAUGGCGUGGCAGAUCGCCAAGAUGAUCGUCAACGACGUCGUCCACCAGUCGAAUCACGACAGCCCCGGCAAGGCCACCAAGUUAUGACCCCGCCGAGGAACCAAAGGAUCGUCACUCCCCGCAGAUGCUGGCCGUGCCAGUGACAAACUGUACACAGGGUUCACCCCGAAAUGAACUCUGAGAACGAACAAGGCAUUUUUCCCCAACCACCAUGUGUCUGUACGUGUGUGAGUGUGUGUUUGGCUGUGAGCUUGGGUGAGUGAUUGUUAACGCAUGGGCUAAUGGAAAAGUUGAAAGUACAUCAUUUGUUCCAAUCUUCCAACUCCAUAACACUACAAAGGUACACGUGUAGUCUCCAAAGGUAAAGCCAAGUGCUUAUGUCAGACUGGAGGAAGUCACUCCUGAAGAAAGGAAACACUUGAAGAAAGCUGGCACAAAGAAGAGGAAGAAGUAGCAGCAUGUCAGUCAGGACCAUCGCUGCGUUGCUGUAGCCAUACUGUCUGUCUUAUCUCGGACCUAUGGAGGAUGUGACAAAGACUGAAUAACCCUCAUGACACACCUCACCACACCUUUUAUAACCAUUCCUUGUUUUUAGAUGAAAUUCUCUCCUAAAGGUCAGCCACGUAAGGCUUAAGCAGAUGAAAAUCAGCUUUCAGUUUUUGCAUACGCUUCCCUCAGCCUGCCCGGAGUAGUGUUGGCUGUUUUACGUACUGUAGAACAUUUGAAAAUGUGACAAUGAAGCAGAAGAAGAAGAAGAGCCGAUUCAGUCCUCGGACUUGGCUGAACCUCCUAUAUGAACCUCCUGGCACCUUUUACAGAGCGUAGAAGAAGAGUGCUCCAGUUGUGUUGGAAAACUCCAUGUCCUAAAUGUUCUAUAUAUAUAUAUAUAAAUAUGUAGAUUUCUGGUUUACCCCAUAUAUUAAUGUUAGUCCUUUUUUAUGGUGAUCGCUGUUUUUUUUAUGCAUCAUUGAAACAAACGUCAGUGAUGACCGGACUGUUCAACUGGAAAAGUGUGCUCAGUGAAUUGAACCUUUUUUUUUUUAAUUUUAUCAUUUCUUUAGAGCCUUACCAAGAUUUGGAAAAGAACCAGAAAAGACUCUUGGUACUAUGUACCACUAAUGUUUUCUGACAUGUAUGUAUGUGUACUUAAUCUAUAAUAUAUUUAAAUUGUGUUUGAUUUAAAUACAUAUAUUAUGAAAUGUUCGUCUGUCCUUUUCUUUGACUUAUUUCAGUGUUGGAAUAUUGUUGCUGUUUCAGCCAACUGCUGGCGGUGGUUAUUUUGAUACAGUCAUGUUUACAGACAAAUUGAUUUUUUUUUUUUAAUCAUUUUCAAAACAGUAACACAAUUAAAAUUUUGGGAAAAGCCUAGUGCCGACAGCCUAAAGGUGAACUGUUAUCACCUCUGACCAGGUGGGGGCAAUGUUGGCUGUAUUGCUGUGUUGGGGUAAAACAGAAAAAGAACAUUGAUGACACAGAAUAUUAUUUCUGACAUAACAAUAAGUAUGUCUAUUUUUUUCCAAUAAAGCUACUCUGGCUUCUCUUA